AUGUACAGCAUCCAACAGCAGCUGGGGCAAGAGCAGAAAGGCAGGUUUCAGCACCAGUGUCUGAAACACAAACUGAUCCUGGUUGGGGAUGGCUUCACUUCAGCCUUCUUAGAGACUCCCAAGAAGGUCUUCGUUACCUUGAACAGAGCCAAAUAUCAGUGGCUCAAUAUAAAGCCUGCUGUGCCCCUGGAUCUGGUUCCAGGAGGUCACCUGGGCUACACCAUGAAGUGGGUAAUUCAAGUGCCCCAUCAUGUCUGCUGUGUUGGUGUGGAAGAGGAGGAGGCACCAGAUAUUGACAUAUACCAUUGUCCCAACUGCGAGAAAACUCAUGGCAAGUCUACCUUGAAAAAAAAAAGAAAUUGGCAUAAACAUGACACAGGGCAGACAACAGAUGUCAAACCUGUCCAGAAUGGGAGUCAAGUGUUCAUCAAAGAGCUGAGGAGCCGAACCUUCCCCAGUGCGGAUGAUGUUGUCAUCAAAGUGCCCGGCAGCCAGCUGACCCUGGACUACCUGGAGGACCGUGGCUUCACAGAGCCCAUCCUGGUCCCCAAGAAGGACGGCUUAGGGCUGGCUGUCCCAGCCCCGACGUUUUAUGUUAGUGACGUUGAAAACUAUGUGGGCCCAGAGAGGAGUGUGGAUGUGACCGAUGUCACCAAACAGAAAGACUGCAAGAUGAAACUGAAGGAGUUUGUGGAUUACUACUAUAGCACCAAUCGGAAACGAGUCCUCAAUGUCACUAACCUGGAGUUUUCUGACACCAGAAUGUCCAGCUUUGUAGAACCUCCGGAGAUUGUGAAAAAGCUAUCCUGGGUAGAGAACUAUUGGCCCGAUGAUGC